UCUCCUCCUCCUGCCCGCUCUCCCCUCCCGCUGCCGCCGGCCGCUGUCAGGAUGAGGCGGAGGAGGCGGCGGCCCGGCCCGGCCGCUCCCGUCUCUCUGCCCGUGGCGUAGCGGUCCCCGCCCGGAGGAGGCCGCGGCGGUGCCGCCCGCCGAGCCAUGGCCCAGCCGGGCCCCAGCGCCCAGACCGAAGAUGCUCUUCUACAACGGGUAGCAGAAUUGGAAAAGGUCAAUGCAGAAUUUCUGCGCACAAAGCAGCAACUUGAGCAAGAAUUUAAUCAAAAGAGAGCAAAAUUUAAGGAGUUAUACCUGGCUAAGGAAGAGGACCUGAAAAGGCAGAAUGCAGUGCUGCAGGCAGCCCAGGAUGACCUGGGCCAGCUGCGCACCCAGCUGAUGGAGGCCCACGCUGAAAUGGAGAACAUCAAGGCCAUAGCCACAGUGUCAGAGACCACCAAGCAGGAGGCCAUCGAUGAGGUCAAGAGGCAGUGGCAAGAAGAAGUGGCUUCCCUCCAGGCCAUCAUGAAAGAGACUGUCCGUGACUAUGAGCUGCAGUAUCACCACAGGAUGGAGCAGGAGCGAGCUCAGUGGAGCCAGUACCGAGAGAACAUGGAGCGGGAAAUUGCAGAGCUGAGGAGGAGACUGUCUGAAGGCCAGGAGGAGGAAAACCUAGAAAAUGAAAUGAAAAAGGCUCAGGAAGAUGCUGAGAAGCUACGCUCAGUUGUGAUGCCCAUGGAGAAAGAGAUUGCAGCCCUAAAGGAGAAACUGGCAGAAGCUGAAGAAAAAAUAAAAGCAGCAUCAGAGGUUAAAGAACUGAACCAUUAUUUAGAAGCUGAGAAGUCGUGUAGGACAGACUUGGAGAUGUACGUGGCUGUUCUCAACACACAAAAAUCAGUCCUGCAAGAAGAUGCAGAGAAGCUGAGGAAGGAGCUGCAUGAAGUUUGCCAUCUCCUAGAGCAAGAGAGGCAGCAGCACAACCAGCUGAAACACACGUGGCAGAAAGCCAAUGACCAGUUCCUGGAGUCCCAGAGGCUGCUGAUGAGGGACAUGCAGAGGAUGGAAAUUGUGCUCACCUCAGAGCAGCUCCGGCAGGUGGAAGAGCUGAAAAAAAAGGAUCAGGAAGAAGAUGAUCAGCAAAGGCUUAGCAAGAGAAAGGAAGAGAAGCAAAAAGAUUCAGAUGAUGAAACAAAGGCUUCAUGUUCUCUGGCCCCUGAAGAAACCCUUACCCAGCUCUCUAAUGAAGAGGUGCAUGUGAACAGCACCCAUGGCUCAGUCCAUUCCCUGGAUGCAGACUUGCUUCUUUCCUCUGGCGAAUCCUUCAAUAAACCAGACACUGAUAUGUUUAAAGAUGGACUUAGGAGAGCACAGUCAACAGACAGUCUGGGCACAUCUGGAUCCUUACAGUCCAAAGCUUUAGGGUACAACAACAAAGCAAAAUCUGCUGGGAACCUGGAUGAGUCAGAUUUUGGACCACUUGUUGGAGCAGAUUCAGUGUCUGAGAACUUUGAUACGGCUUCCCUCGGAUCCCUGCAAAUGCCCAGCGGGUUCAUGUUGACCAAAGAUCAGGAAAAAGCAAUCAAAGCAAUGACACCAGAGCAAGAAGAGACUGCCUCCCUGCUCUCCAGUGUCACCCAGGGGGUGGAGAGUGCUUAUGUGUCCCCCAGCGGGUACCGCCUGGUCAGCGAGACAGAGUGGAACCUGCUGCAGAAGGAGGUGCAGAAUGCAGGGAACAAGCUGGGCAGGCGCUGUGACAUGUGCUCCAAUUAUGAGAAGCAGUUGCAAGGGAUCCAGAUCCAGGAGGCUGAGACCAGAGACCAGGUGAAAAAGCUGCAGGUGAUGCUGAGGCAAGCUAAUGACCAGCUGGAAAAGACAAUGAAGGAUAAACAGGAAUUGGAGGAUUACAUGAAACAAAGUGCUGAAGACUCCUCUAAUCAGAUCUCCUUGCUCAUGGCCAAGUGUCAGAAGUCAGAGAAUUUCCUCAGUGAGCUGCAGCAGGCAUUUCUGCAAGCCAAGAGAAGUGUCCAGGAGCAAAUGGCUGUCCUGACACAGUCAAGGGAGCAGGUUUCAGAAGAGUUGGUGAGACUGCAAAAAGAUAAUGAAAGUCUUCAAGGAAAACACAGCUUGCAUGUGUCCUUACAGCAGGCUGAAGAUUUCAUUCUACCAGAAGCAACAGAGGAGCUCCGGGAGCUGAUCCUCAAGUACAGGCAGGACAUCAUCAGUGUGAGGACAGCAGCAGAUCACCUCGAGGAGAAGCUGAAGGCAGAGAUCCUCUUCUUGAAGGAACAGAUCCAAGCUGAACAAUAUUUGAAAGAAAAUAUAGAAGAAACUCUACAGCUGGAAAUAGAGAAUUGCAAAGAGGAAAUAGCUUCCAUUUCCAGUUUAAAAGCUGAAUUGGAAAGAAUAAAAGCAGAAAAGGAACAGUUGGAAAGUUCUUCACAGGAAAACCUGCAGCAGCUGGAGAGUCUGCAGGAGGCAAAGAAUGCUCUAGAAGAACAGCUGAAGAAGGAGACUGCAGCAAAGGCCAACCUUGAGCAGCUGGUGUUUGAAGAGAAGAACAAAGCCCAGAGGUUGCAGACUGAAUUGGAUGUCAGUGAGCAAGUGCAGAGAGACUUUGUAAAGCUUUCUCAGACACUUCAGGUGCAGCUGGAGAGGAUCCGGCAGGCAGAUUCCCUGGAGAGGAUCCGUGCAAUCCUGAACGACACAAAACUGACGGACAUUAAUCAGCUCCCUGAAACAUGACAGACACCCUGCUGGGCUCCAAGGCUGUGGCUGAGGUUUUUAACUCAUCUUUAUAGCAACAUUAAUUAUUAUUUAACUCUAACCGAGAGAGCAGAAGACAACAGAGGGGAGCAAUGACUUAAGUUUUGUUUCUAGAGGGGAAAAAGGUUUCGUACUGGGCAGGAAGAGAGCACAAGGGUGACUUGUAGUGUAGGAAGGAGAAUUUCUAAUGGAAACACUAAUGAGUGCAGUGUUUCGUGUUCCACUGAGUGGGAUCAGUCCUUACAUUCUGAAAAACUUCCCUCUUUCAGCCGACUUCGUAACCUAAUAUAGAGUUUUGGAACAUAAACCCCUGUCUUUCCCUCUGUUCUUUCCCCCACUACUGUGAUCAAAGUAGCUGCUGGAAACUAUUGUCCCUCCAAAACGUUGAAGAGCAAAGUGGUUGAAGUUUUUCUGUUUGAAUAGUCAGUAACAGUAUUCAGCUAGCAGAGAGAAUGAGGUGUAGAGUAUGCUGUAUGAAUAUUUUAUAUUAAAAUAUGACUUUAUUAGCAGGA